CUUCGGAGUUCCUACGGAACCCGAAGUCAGUGAGUUCCCAAAAGGCCUCGUGCUAGGUAGGGAUGAGAAUAUACAUUUAAGGAUCACUUCCCUGGGCGAUGUGGGAUGUCACAUCGAGCAUCUCCAAAUCUUAUUAAUUAUCUUGUGCUUGAAGAAUCAGGACCAGGAGUAAAUAACAAAACCUUCUUUAAUUCUUGCAUGAUACCACAUGAUUGAAAUUAAGUUUUCGAGCAUUAAAUACAUAUAUUUAUAUAGUGGCGGAACCAAAAUUUUAUAUGAGGAUGAACUUCUUCCAAAUAUAAAAAGGAAUUAAACGGAGAGUAUUUACAAAAUUAUUUAUUAACCAUUUGAAAGACUUAUUAAGGUUAAUAGGAAAAUUCUAUCAAUAAAAAAUAUAGAAACCCUAGCACUCAAGUAAGAGGUAGAGCAGAGGAGAAACCAAAAAAAAUUAUGGCCAAUACUUUUAUAAAUCUUAUUGUUUGUUGAAUUGAUUUGUUAUUUGAGAUUGACAAAAUAUAUGAAGGGAACGAGAAUAACUUUGGAGUCUCUGGAUUGCACCGUAAGUAAUAAUGUGAGGAUGGGGAUGGACAUUACUAGUCCCUUCAUCCAUCUGUCCAUAUAUUCACAUGAUUUAUAUCUGACUGUCAAAUGAUUAUUGUAUUAAAUACAUCUAAAUAUUGUAGCCAAAAUCUUAAUGUAUAAUUAAGGUCAUUUUAUACAAAUCAUUACUCGUUCUGUGAUUUUUUUUUUCCCUUGAUUUGUUGAAGUGUACCAAAUUUUUAUACAAUUAUCUUACCGUUCACUCCAAAAAUUCCAUGUCGGUUACCGGUUGUUAGAAGAUGCCAGUAUAGCAUCUUUUAAACGCUCUGGAUACAUAUUCUAUUCCAGUAUAGCAUUACCUCAGAGAGAAAAUGCCGUUAAUCAGGUAUAUUUUAUUCAAGUGAAAUUUGAUAAGGCGAAAACCUGAUAACUACUUAUAAUCAUACAUAUAUUUCCCAGACAUUUACAGAAUUAUGUGUUCUGAAAGGUAAUGUGUGCUUGUGUGUUUCUGAUAGAGGAAGAGAAAGAUGAAGCAGGUUUACAGAAGAUAUCAAAAUGCUAUUGUGUUUGCUAUGGCUUCCUUUGCUAUAGUUUAUAUGGUUGUGAGUCUUGUGACAAAUGGUUCGAAAGGAACGUCUCAAUUUCCAUGGUUGGGUACCGGCGUAGAUAUGAUUUCUGAUUCCACAUUCAGAAUCAACUAUAUUUCAUCAUACAAGGAUGCAACAAGGAUGAAGGCAUUGCCUGAUCUUGGAAGGGGAUACAUUGGCGAUUCUGUUCCGCAAAGGGAUUGGCAGAAGGGAGAUGAAAACCUGAAGAAACUUGAAGCUGGUCUUGCUGCUGCUAGAGCAUUGAUUGGGGAAGCAAUAAAAAAUCUUAACCAUACAACACCUCUUAAAGAUGCAGAUUAUAUACCAAAAGGCGAUAUUUACAGGAAUGCGUAUGCCUUUCACCGGAGCUACCUCUUAAUGGAAAAAAUGUUUAAAAUAUAUGUCUACGAAGAGGGAGAGCUGCCUAUAUUUCAUAACGGUCCUUGCAAAAACAUUUACUCUAUGGAGGGACUCUUCCUUAGCUUCAUGGAAACUGAUACCAAGUUCCGGACUCGAGAGCCUGAAAAUGCUCACGUCUAUUUUCUGCCAUUCAGUGUUGUGAUGAUCGUCGAGUAUUUGUUUCACCCGAUUAUUCGUGACAAAGCUGUUCUUGAGCGCACUGUGGUUGAUUACGUUCGUAUCAUCUCUAAUAGGUAUCCAUACUGGAACAGAAGCCUUGGAGCUGAUCAUGUCAUGCUUUCUUGCCAUGAUUGGGGGCCAAGGGCUACAUGGUAUGUUAAACAACUGUACUUCGUUGCCAUCCGUGUACUAUGCAACGCCAAUACAUCCGAGCACUUUAACCCUAAGAAAGAUGCAUCAUUUCCUGAAAUCAAUCUGGAAACUGGUGAAAUAACAGGUCUAAUUGGAGGCUUGCAUCCGUCCAAACGUACAAUCCUAGCAUUUUUUGCAGGACGAAUGCACGGUCGAAUUAGGCCAUUUCUUUUCGAGCAUUGGAAAGGAAAAGACAGAGAUUUACUGGUCUAUGAAAAACUCCCUGAAGAGCUUUCAUACCAUGACAUGCUGAAGAAAAGCAAGUAUUGCAUUUGCCCUAGUGGACAUGAAGUUGCCAGCCCAAGAAUUGUGGAGGCAAUUUAUGCAGAUUGUGUUCCAGUUUUGAUAUCACAACACUAUGUGCUGCCUUUCAGUGAUGUGCUUAACUGGGACUCGUUUUCUGUUCAAGUUUCAGUGAGUGAAAUUCCAAAACUUAAAGAAAUCUUAAUGGGAAUACCUGAAGAGCAAUAUCGAAGAAUGCAGGAAAGAGUGAAGCAGGUGCAAAGGCAUUUUGUAGUGAAUAAUCCACCCAAGAGAUAUGAUGUUUUCCAUAUGAUUAUUCAUUCAAUCUGGCUUAGAAGAUUGAAUGUACAGAUUUAGAGUUAAUUUAUUUCCCAAGUUACCAAGUACAUCACGAUAUUGUUUUAAAAAAAUUUGUUUAAAUACAAAGUGAAAAAUGUAGCAAUACCCCCUGAAGGUAUUGUUCCACUUUAUGAA